GCAUGCGCGGCGCGGGCCGGAGUCGAGCCGGGUGGGCGGCAGGCCGGCACUGGACCCCGCCGGCAGCUGCUGGGUCUUGAGGCGGCGGAGGUGGCGGUGGCCUGCUCUUCAACGAGUCUCGGAGCAGCGACCUGCGCGUGGACCCCGCGCUCGGCGGGCUGCUCUCCAGGGACUAGCGCAGCCCGCGCUCGCCGGGGCUUUGUCACUCGCCUCUAGCUUCAUCCGCGGCCGUGGCUGCGCGAGCCUCCGGGCUUGCUCUCCCCGCCCAGCUGUCCUGCCUCCAGCCCUUAGCUGGGGGCGUGGGGUACGCAGCUGGAGCCCGAGCUAACAGCCGCGGAGUAUCCUUCGCCCGUCCCGGCCGCGCCACCGCCCAUGCUUCAGCCAGUACAGGGCGGCGACCCUGUGGCCGCAGCCCGCCGCUCGGUGACCCUGCGCCCCGCCCGAGCCUUCCCCGCUGAGCCCCGGGCCCGGGAGCGGAACCCGUGCCCCGUGAUGGCUCGGCUGGCGCAGGUUGGCGCCGGGUGCCCACCAUCCGCCCGCUGAGACGCGCCCGGCUGGGUACCAACGGGGCCUUGGCGCUCCCCGCUUCUCCUCCCCGCAGCGCCCUUCCCCCUUCUGGGGGCUCCGCCGCUCCUUCCCGGGGGCGAGGGCACAGGGGGACGAGACAAAGCCCACUUUGUGCGGGGAGUUGGCUGCGGGCGUGGAAUGUGCGCGUCGGCGCGCGCCCCCUCCCCGCGCCCCGCCAGCUGCGAGUCUUGGCUCCCAGUCUCGUCGCGUCGGAGAAAUCGCGCCCCCUCACCUCCCUCCGGUCCGGGGGUCCCGGCUCGGAGCUGACGCGGCCUGGAGUCGGGUCGGUCCCCCACCCCGGAGCGCGCGCAGGUGUGAGAGUGCGAUAUUUUGUAGAGGAAUUUGCUUGCCUUCAGAACUGGGAGCUGGGGCGCCCAGUCGGCGUGGGCACUCGUGCCUUGACCCUUUCGUGGCCGCAGAUCUGAGCAGCCUGGCCUCAGUUUCCGUCCGACUUUCCUCUGCCAGCCCAGACUGCUGUCUGUUAUUGUUCUCGCCGUCAAAUGGGGGUGCUUUGUGAAAGCUCCCAAGUUGGGAUGUAUUCUCUAGAUCCCGUUUUUCAUAAAGAACAAGGCCUCUAAGGCUCAUCCGGGACAACCAACCCCCUCGGCCCCGCACUUCACGUUGAGGCACGGAUUUUUUCCCCCCCAUCAAGUAGUAUUUUAUUGUACGGGAGCCACGCCCUGGUUUCUUAAAGGCGCCUUGCACUGUUUGGCCAUGUGUUAUCUCUGCAGCUGGUGUGUGGGAGGCCUCCUGUGAGCCGCCUUUCUUACCCCUGUCCGCUGCGACAUCCUCCCAUCCCCGUCGAGGAUUUGGGGAUGCCAGGGGGGAAGAAGGUGGUCGGGGGCGGCAGCAGCGGUGCGGCCCCCACUGCCGCUGCUGUCCCCUCUGGGGCCAGGCGUUUGGAGACCAGCGAAGGAGCCUCAGCCCAGAGAGAUGAUGAGCCAGAAGAAGAAGGGGAAGAGGACCUUCGAGAUGGAGGCAUCCCCUUCUUUAUCAACCGGGGUGGGCUGCCUGUGGACGAGGCCACCUGGGAGAGGAUGUGGAAGCACGUGGCUAAGAUCCACCCCGAUGGAGAGAAGGUGGCUCAGCGGAUCCGUGGGGCCAUGGACCUGCCCAAGAUUCCCAUACCGAGUGUGCCUACGUUCCAGCCCUCUACGCCUGUCCCUGAGCGCCUGGAAGCCGUGCAGCGCUACAUCAGGGAGCUGCAGUACAAUCACACAGGGACGCAGUUCUUUGAAAUUAAGAAGAGCAGACCUCUGACAGGGCUGAUGGACCUGGCCAAGGAAAUGACCAAAGAGGCUCUGCCAAUCAAAUGCCUGGAAGCCGUGAUCCUGGGAAUUUACCUCACCAACAGCAUGCCUACCCUGGAACGCUUCCCCAUCAGCUUCAAGACCUACUUCUCAGGGAACUACUUCCGCCACAUCGUGCUGGGGGUGAACUUCGGCGGCCGCUAUGGGGCGCUGGGCAUGAGCCGGCGCGAGGACCUGAUGUACAAGCCCCCGGCCUUCCGCACGCUCAGCGAGCUCGUGCUGGACUACGAGGCCGCCUACAGCCGCUGCUGGCACGUGUUGAAGAAGGUGAAGCUGGGCCAGUGCGUGUCCCACGACCCGCACAGCGUGGAGCAGAUCGAAUGGAAGCACUCGAUCCUGGACGUGGAGAGGCUGGGCCGCGAGGACUUCCGCAAGGAGCUGGAGCGGCACGCCCGCGACAUGCGGCUCAAGAUUGGCAAAGGGACUGGCCCUUCCUCCCCCACCAAGGACCGCAAGAAGGAUGUGUCCUCCCCACAGCGGGGCCAGUCUAGCCCCCACCGCAGGAACAGCCGCAGUGAAAGGCGGCCUUCUGGUGAGAAGAAGCCUUCGGAGCCCAAAGCCAUGCCAGACCUCAAUGGGUACCAGAUCCGGGUGUGAGGCAGGCGGCAGUGCCCCAGCCGCACCCACUUCUGGGGGCCAGCAUCUGCCUGCCAGAACCGGCCUCGCUCCUGGGGAAGGUGGGGCUGAUGAUGGGGCAGGGUGAGGGGCCAGCGGGAAGAGCGUGUCCCAGCUCAGCCACCCAAGAUGCUGCCCCUCCCGCUGGGCCAAGCCCCCCUAACUUUGGACCACGAGGCAGUGAAGAGUUUAAUUUUGAGUUUUUAACUCAACAACUGAAAUUUAAGGUAUUUGGGAAAAAACUUAAAACUAAUGGAUCUGCCAGUGGCUGGAAGGCCAGUGCUCAGAGGAUCUAAGCGCCACAGGGCUGGGUGAGGAGGGGUUGCUGGCUCUGCCGGUACCCCUGCCCCAAGGUCUCUCUGGGAUUUGGGUCCAUUCCAUCUAUGGGAAACCUCCCAGCUCUGCUAGGCCUGUGGCAGGACGGGGGGAGGGAUGUUUCUCCAGUCCUGUCUGCCCUGGCAGAAUCUUCACCCAGGGAAAGGAAAGCAGGGUAGGAACCACCCUGAGAAAGGGCUGUAUGGCCCAUAUCAGGCGCUUAGCACAGGCCACAUCUGCGCCAAGAGCCAGAGCCUGUGGCUCAGGAGGGUCCUCGGGCCCUUGCAGCCCCAUGAGCAGUGCUCUGUGGGCUGACAUUGCCUCAUGGCAGGGCCCGUGCUGGCAAGGGCUGGACGAGAGCCCAGGAGAGAACCACUGGGGGAAGGGUUCCCAGACCCCUACCUGGCCUCCUUGCUCAGCCCAGCUCUGCCUGUUGCUGAAGCCGGGGCCUCCCUGCAGAGGGGCUGGGCUCUGCCAAGGGCCCAGAUAUGCACUGGGCUCAGCAUGACUGUGGGGACUGAAUAGACCUGGUGGGUCCAGGAACCAUGGCUGGGGAUGGGGUGGGACACUCAGGCCCAGGUCUGUCCCCCUGGUAGGUAGUCCCCAGGGACUGCUCCCCCUUCCUAUUACCUUAGCCCUUGCUGGGGAAAUGAAGACCGGAUCAGGCUGCCUGUGUCCCAGCCCUACCUCCCCUCACUCAGCAGCCUGGGUAGGUGUGAAGGGUCCAGUGAUGAUCAGGCCUGUUGUGUGAGGCAGCUCAUCAGGGAAGAACCUGAGCUGCUGGAGUCUGCACAGCCUGCCUGGCAGGUGUGAGAUACCUGGCGGGCAAGUGAGAGGUUGUGGAGAGAGGUUGGAGGACCUGCGGGAAGGUUCUGGAGGCCCAAGUAACAAAGAGGUGUAGGUCAAGGGGGCAGUGCGGCCACUAAGGAGAGGCAGGGCCCGAGAACUGGGGAAUGUAAGUGAGAAAAGAAUGUUGGGGAGAGUGUAGAAUCAGGCGGCCUUGGGGAGUAGUGAGUUCCCUAUUGCUGGAGGUAUUCAAGCAAAGACUAGAUGGCUGCUUGUCACCUUGAAAGCUAUAGAAAGGAUUUAGGUUACGGAAGGAUAACUGGAUGAGAUGACCGUUAAGGUUUCUUAAUACUGAGAGGCUAUGAUUCAGCCAGGGGCAGCUGGCAGUAAGGCUACAGCGGGGCUGGGGGCCUAGGAGAGGGAGGACCAGAGCCAGAGUUGUAAACUCAAAUGCCUGCGGGGCCAGGCAGAUGACUAAAAGGAGGGCUGCAGGGCUGGGUGGGGAUUGUGGCAAAUUAAAAGAAGACAUACCCCAUUAAAGCAGCCGCUGUUGCUCAGCCAUUCUGAGCGCAGGCCCUGCAGUAUCAGAUUGCCUGAUUUUUUUUUGUUGAGAGGCCAGAACUCUGAGUUUUUAUGUGAAAUAUGCUGAUUUUUAAAUGUUGGCAGUCAGUUCAGAAAAUUGUAAAGCCCAACGUGAAAAAGAAUGCUGGUUUGUAAUCUCUGAAGUAGAGAGGGCUUGGGCUGGGGAGAGGUCCACCAAGGUACUUUGAGGUGGAAAGCGUGGAAAGUUGUAGGCCUCCCAGAGCAGGCCGGGCCAGGGCAGUGUGCUUGCUGCUGAUGCUGCUCAGAGAGGGCAGCUACCCCACGUUCAUGUUCGCUCUCCCUGCUGACCAGAGACACACGAGGAACUCCCCGCAGUUGCUGAGACACCAGAGGGGGUGGAGUGGAAUAGAAAUAGUGCAAUUCUCAGCCUGCCAGGGAGAUGGAUUGUGCCUGAGAAGCAAAGAAAGGGAGAGAGGGAGACAGGAUGUGUUUGCUGACGCAAGUGCCCGCCAGGGAAGGCACCAGGCUAGCAGCUCUUCACACCAGCAGCUCUUGGCCCAGAGCCAGGCCCAACAGGGAAGCUGGCUGCUCAGUCCCCUGGGUUUCUCAUGGGUCACUGGGCCCUGGGGAGGUGCCUAACCUGUCCCCUGGGCUACACCCCAGCCAGACCAAUCGGAGGGCCACUGUGAGCUCUAACUCACUAUCCCAUCCCAUCCCAGUUUUCAGGGAGAGGGGUGGUGGGUCCCCACGUUCACACAUUCGCCUGAGGCAGAGAUGGAUCCGUUUGGGAUGCGUGAGGCUGAAAGUGAGGCCUUUUGUGGGUCUGGAUGUGGGUGCCUUGUGCAGGCCGCUCAUUGGCAGACACCCCAGAUGCCCCUGUGGACCACAGGGCUUGAGGGUGAGACGUGAGGGAGCCGCUUCUGGCAUGGGAGCCCAGCAGGGUGCUCUGACCCUCUGGCUCCUUCCCGAGCCCUUUGGGGAGAAGGAAGCAGGACGAAGCCCCAACCCCUACUGCUGUCUUCCAGGGAGGGAGCCGACCACCCACAGCUGAUAACCCCCUAGCACUCCCCCUUCCUCGCUCAGACCUCGGGCCUGUGGACACCCACAGGAUACAGCGGUGCUUUUUAAUUUAACAGUUUCACAGAUGUAGCAACCCCUCCUCCCCUCCUGGGCGUGUUUACACAGGCUGUGCUCCCCAGGGCUGGCCUGGCUGCAGUUUCUGGGGAGGCAGAGGCAGGGACUUCAGGGCCUUAGUCACCAUCCUCAGCAUCACCUCAUCUCAAUUCCUGUGAGGGACCGGGCCUAGCUCCUGCCGACUCAGGACUGCCUUCCAGCUCUCAGCGUGGGUUCCUCGGGGGUAGGGGCUGCUGGC